UGGGUACCGUUCAGGGUCUCCGUGGCCCAACAAAAAAGUGGUUUCAAUUUUCUUUCCUUAUUGGAAAAAAGGUUUAUGGCCCUUUUCAGCAACGCUCUGUAACUUUCGACAAUUGGCAAUUGGCAUGGCGUCUACAUCAAAGAAAUGGGCACGGGACCUCUAUUUCGUCUCGUCCAGGCUAUACUUUCUUCUAAUACUUUUCCAACUCCCACUUUUCAGAUUCCCUUGUAGAAUUGGUACAUGUACCACACCAAUUGAAGUUUCACUAUCUCUGUUGUACGCAAAUGGAGUUGUUCCGGGAGGUAUGGUAAAAGCCCUGAUUUAUCCAGGAGCAGUAGCUAAAGCCAUUUAUAAGAACAACGCCAUCCCAAGCUAUAACAAGCUUCUAGAAGCUUACAAAUUCACCAAUAUGAAGGAAUCUCAUGUAACACAUGAUCUACAGAACUUAGAGGUUAUAGUAGGAAGUUACUUGUCGGUGGCUGGAGCACUAUUGGGUCUAAUGAAAUCAGGGAGAUUUAGUCUUAUUGGGAUUCUUCUCAUCACAUGGGGUCUUGACAAGCAAGUACUUUUUAGGAAUUCCGCAAGUGUAGUCAUAUACCCAACUAUGCUAAUUGCUUUGCUUUCUGCCUUCUUUUCUAUCAGAGCAGAUGUCACAAAGAUGAUACGUUUCUCCAAACAACAGGCUUCUAUUAGAAAUGAACAAAAGCAAAAGAUAACUAGAGUUAGAUAUGCUAGUAAUUUUGAUGCUGACAAGUACCAAGCACUGAGUCACAGUGGCAAACGUGCAUUUAUUUUCAUACUUCAUCAUGGUGACAAAAUACUAUGUUUUCUAUAGAAGUCUUUUAUUUGUUGUGGUGUCAUUAGUCAUCACUUAAAGAGAAAAUUAAGUAAAUAUAGUAGGCCCUUUCUUGUA